CCACUACAAACAUCCGUGGAAAAAGCCCCGGCCACAGCCACAGGAGCCCUGGUCACAUGGCUCGUGCUCAGCUCAUGUCCCAUUCCGGGAAAACGUUGACGCUUCCUCCGCUGCAGAACCCCAGGCUAUGUACAUCCGUACACUUAAGGCUGGUCUCCGUCGCCAAGCCUUCUUGGUCAGGAACAAACGACAAGGGUGAUCUGAGAUACGUGUACGGAUUUGUGCCGAUUCAACGUCAGAUGCUGCAAACGCCCACAAAGCAGCCAGUCCCACACUCACCUGCUGGACAAAUCGCAGCACAACUGUCAACAUUCUCCACGUUAAGUCUCACCAGCUUUGAGCGCAGGUGCAACCAAUUUCUCGCGCAACCCGAUCGCAAGGCUCGGGAGCAAUGCAGACUCCUCCUCCUCAGGGUCCUCCGCAGGGAGGCCAGAUGCCCAUGAUGCCCAGCCCAGAACAGAUCGCUGCGAUGCAACGGCAACUGGCGAUGGAUGCAGAGAAGAUGGGCAUGACGGUGCCGCAAUUCAUCGAACAUCUCAAGCGACAAGCCGCCGAGCGGAUGCAAACGCAGCAGCAGCAAGGCCAACAAGGCCAGCCCGGUCACCAGCAUCAACACCAACAUCCGCAUCCACACCCUCACCAGCACCAGCACCAGCACGGCCACGGUCAACCCCAGCCCAUCGUACCAGGCCCCCCGAACCCAGUUGCGCUGGCUCUCGCCAAGUUCCUGCGCGGUCAGAACCUCAAGCCGCGCACCGUCAUCCUGAAUGGCGAGCGUAAGGACAUGUUCAGAGUCAAACGCGCCCUCCGCGCCCUCGAGUCAGACGCCUACAAGGCCGCGCGCAAGAAGAACCCCGAGCUGCCCGAGAUUACUGACCGCGCCUCGCUCGAGAACACCUUCAAGCUGCUCCCGAUGUCGAUGCUUGCGCUCCGCGUCGUCAAGUCCGACCCGCACGAGGGCCACGACCACGCGCCCCCCAAGAAGCAGGGCAAGCGCGUCAAGGGCCUGUGGACGGUGCGCAUCGAGCCCCAGCAGGAGGCUGGCGACGAGAUGUACUACGUCUGGCUGUGGGAAGGCAGCCAGGUCAUGCGCAAGGUGUACGCGGCGCUGGCGCUGGCGGCGAUCUUCGCCGUCGUCUGCUACCCGCUGUGGCCGAUGAAGCUGCGCCAGGGAGGCUACUACCUGAGCUGGGGAUUCUUGUGCUUCAUGGGCCUGUUCUUUGCCAUGGCUAUCUUCCGGGUUAUCCUGUUCUGCAUAACCUACUUUAUCCUGCCGCCGGGUUUUUGGCUGUUCCCGAAUCUUUGGGAGGAUGUCUCGGUCAUCGACAGCUUCAAGCCUGUCUGGGCGUGGCAUGAGCCUGCCGCCAACAAGAAAAAGAAGAAGACCAAGAAGUCGUCUGGCUCAGCUACUGCCGGAGCUACCUUCUCCGCCACCACUGGACAGCCUGCCCCGGCCACGGCCACCACAACUGCGACUGACACUCAGGUGUCUACCGCUCCGCAACAGCGCAGCUACAUGGCGCCACGAGUUGAGGAAUUGGAGGAUGACGAGUGAGGGAGGGGCUACGGCUUCUGACACGGUAUUUCAGGGGAAGAAUAGUGCGGGCCCGAAAGGGGGCCGUGUGUAGGUUGACCUUGUGUUAGCUUGGUCGCAUUUCGAAGCGAUCUUAUAAGGCGUUUGCGGCUACCCAAUUGUCCACCUGGAUUCUGCCCACGCUGUCGACGAGACCCCUAACACAGUCCUUAGCCUGCCUGUUCAUAAUCUCCCAAGUCCUUGGCCGAAUUACCCGGCCGCGUGGUUCCUCUCUCUGUAUAUACAUGUACCGUACUUGCUCCCACCAAACUCUGCGCCACAUACAUGAUUCGUCAGC